AUGACACGAUCCAUCAACGACACCAAGAGCCCGAACGACCCGAAGCACUACCGGCUCUUCACGCUGCCCAACGGCCUCGAGGUGCUGCUUAUGCAGAACGUCCCCGGCGCUGGCGACGAUGGCGACGAGGUUGAGGAGAGCGAGGCCGACAAUGGCAGCGAGAAGGACGACGAAGUUGACGUGGAUGAUGUCGUCGAAAAAGUGCCCUUGGCCAAAGAUGACGAAAAGGUAAACGACGGCCCCGCGCCCCGCAAGGCCGGCGCCUGCUUGACCGUUGGCGUCGGCAGCUUUGCCGAGCCCGAGCAUCUUCCUGGCCUGGCGCAUUACCUCGAGCACAUGCUCUUUAUGGGCAGCGAAAAGUACCCGGACGAGAACGAGUUUGAGGCCUUUCUGAGCGCUCAUGGCGGCUCCAGCAACGGAGGGACCAGUACCGAGUAUACAAAAUACAUUUUCGAGGUCGGGCCCAAGCACCUCGCGCCAGCGCUCGAUAUGUUUGCGCAGUUCUUUGUGGCGCCGCUCAUAUUGGCCGAGACCCUCGACCGCGAGCUCUUGGCGAUCGAGUCGGAGUUUGCGCGUGCGAGCCGAUCCGACAGCGUCCGCUACGAGCAAGUGCUGUGCGACCUCGCACUGCCGUCGCACCCGUUCCGUCAGUUCAGUUGGGGCAACACGAAGAGUCUCAAGACGGUGCCGGAAGCAAAGAACAUCGACGUCCGCGCCGAGAUCCUCGCGUUCUACAGGGCGCACUACUCGGCCAACCUCAUGAAGCUCGUCGUCUGCGGCGAAGAGUCGUUGGACGAGCUCGAGGCCUACGUCCGUGGGUCGUUUAGCGACGUGCCCAACUGCGACCGCGUCGGUGCCGACUAUGCGCACCUGUCCAUGCCGUUCGAGUCGUCAGCGCUCGUCCAGAUGGUGCCAUUGAAGGAGGCGCAUGUGUUGUACUUGCACUGGCCGCUGCCGCCGCUCGUGGGCCACCACGACCUCAAGCCCGCCGAAUACGUGGCGUCGAUCCUUGGCCACGAGACCGAGGGUUCGAUCCUGCAUUACCUCAAGGAGAAAGGGUGGGUGUCGUACCUCACAGCGGGCCUCACCGAGACGCACGGCUACGACUACGGGUCGUUCGGUGCGAUCUUCUCGCUCGUGAUCGAUCUCACGCUCGACGGCCUCGCCGCGUACGAAGACGUUGUCGGCGUCGUCUUCCAGUUCCUCCACAUGAUGCAGAACAGUUCGCUGCCGGCGUGGAUCUUUGAGGAGCAAAAGGCCAUGGCGCAAGUCAGCUUCCGCUUUAAAGAAGACGGGAAUGCGUUCGAGCUGUGCGAAAAAUACGCUGUGCUCAUGCAGGACGUGUAUCGAAUCCCAUCGAGUGAGCUCUUGACGUACGAAGUACCCAAAGGCGACUUUGACGAAGCCCGCGUCCGGUCGCUCGUGCUCGACCACCUCACGACGGACCGCAUUCGCAUUCACCUCGCCUCCAGUACGCUGGUGCCCGACGACACGUGGACCGAAGAACCGUGGUUCCAAGUGCCGUACAAGGCCCAGCCGAUCCCGGGCCAUCUCUUGCAGCAGUGGGCCACGCCGUCGAUGCACCCGUCGCUGCGAUACCAGGUCGCCAACCCGUUCAUUCCGCGCGACGUGUCGCUCAUUGACGUGCCCGAGAUCUUUGAGGCGCCGCGCAAGGUGCUAGCGACGCCGAGUGCGACUGCUUACUACCUCCCCGACACGGUCUUCAAGUCGCCCCGGGCGUUUGUGAUGCUGCACUUUUCGCUGCCGGCGAUGGCGCGUCGCGCGGACGCGAUCGUGCUCGGCGACGUGUACGUGCGCAUGGUCCAGGACGCGCUGAACGCGGACGCCUACUUUGCGCACAAAGCCCACCUCUCGUACUGGCUGCGCGUCAAGAGCGCGAGCGGCUUUGAGCUGCAAAUCGGCGGCUUCCAUGACAAGCUGCUCGAGCUCGUGUACGUCGUGACCAAGACGCUCGCGACGGGCACGAGUACGGACGGCGAGAUGCUCCGUGAAGCGCGCUUCCGCGUUCUCAAGGAAGACCUUUUGCGUACGUACAAGAAUUUGCACUUCCGACCCACGGCCAAGGCCGCGUACAUGCGUGAGCAGCUGCUCGAGGCCGAGGCCGUGCAGCUCCCGACGCUCAUUGCUGAACUCGAAGCACUCACGUACGAGUCGGUGCUUGCCGUUGCGGUCAUGUCCAAGGCCCUCUGGGCGGGCGGCCACGUGACAGCGUUCGUCCACGGCAACAUCACGCAAGCAAAAGCGAUUGCGAUGACGUCGACGGUCGCGGGCUACUUUUCCUUUGGCAACUCGGCGCCGCGCCCGCCGAAAGCCAUCUACAAGCUACCAUCCGACGGACUGGUGCUCCACGAAGAGAGCGAGAACAGCGAAGAAGUCAACUCGGUCGUCGACGUCCAUUACCAGUUUGGCAACGAGACGGUGGCGACGCUGGGCAUGGCCGACCUUCUCCAGCAAAUCAUGCAAGUGCCGUUCUUUGACACGCUGCGCACGAAACUGCAGCUCGGGUACGAAGUGGCGUGCUCGGUGCGCGUGACGCAUGGCAUCCUCGGCUUUGGACUCAAGGUCGUCUCGGCUUCGACGCCGACGAGUGCGAUCGCGGCCGCCAUGGACGCCUUCGUGGUCAGCUUUGCGCAUACACUCGAGACGAUGGACGAAGCCACGUUCAAGGGCCACGUGCGGGCGCAGAUCCAGGCGCGCGUCGAACCGGACGCGUACCUCUUUUCAACGACGCUGCGCCAUUGGCACGAGAUCCCGUCGCAGCGCCUGGCAUUUGACAUUAACGCGCAGCUCGUCAACUGGCUCAAGUCCCCAGGCUGCUCGCGCGAAGCUGUGCGCCGCCAAUACGCGCGCUGGUUCCACAAGCCCCAGCUCCGCGUGGUCGUCGUCGGUCGAAAGAGCUCUUCGACGCUCGAAGGCCGUGAAGAGCCGCCAACCGACGCGCUUCGUAGCAUUGACGACGUGUACGCGCAGAAGGCUCGUCUCGUGUGCUUUCCCGAGCGCCACACAAUCCCCGCGGCUUAGAGGGUGCCAAGUCUUGAGCAUGCAUAGGUAUUUUCGACUUAAAACGAACAAAAUACAUACAUAUACGG